GAGAUUAAACAAGAAAAUAGAAGAGAAUAAUACGCAAUAAUUAUCCUAGACAAUUGGUGGAAGAGUAAAGCAAUUCCAAAGAUUCGGCAUCAAGUUAUGUACUACACAAGCACAACAACACCAUAUCAUAUUAUCAUCCAAGCAAACUUCCAUUUUUUUCUCACUAAAAUUUUCCUUUCCAUUCAUUCUCUUUUUUUCCUCAACCAUUAAUCAAAUUAUCCCAACUAAUCUCUCUUUCUUUCUCUUGGCGGUUUGUUAUAAACUCGCCCUUAUUUCUCGAGCCUAUGUGGACGAUAUAGAUUAACGAGUAAAAAGAAGUUGUCUAGUACUCAAGUGUUUCUUUUUUCUUUUAAGUCUUUUUCUUUAAUUCUUUGUUUUAAAGAGAAAAAGCCCAGAGGGGAAUUUUCUUGGGCCAUAUAAAAAACAGUAUUUUUUUCUUGGGAAUUUCAAUUGAUUUCUUUCUAGAUUGGAAUUAUUUUAUCCAGUAGGAGAGAGAACGCACACAAAGAGAGAGAGGGGGGAAAAACAGAGAGAAGGCAAAAUGUUGUGUAGGAUGAUACCAAAGAAGAAGAAGACAGGUGCAGUACCAGUAUACUUGAAUGUGUACGAUCUUACCCCCAUUAAUGGCUACGCUUACUGGCUUGGUCUUGGUGUCUACCAUUCCGGUGUUCAAGUGCAUGGAAUUGAGUAUGCUUUCGGAGCUCAUGAUCAUGCCACAACUGGGGUAUUUGAAGUGGAACCGAAGCAGUGCCCUGGAUUUACAUUCCGGAAAUCAAUCUUGAUAGGAAGAACAGAUUUAGGGGCUAAAGAAGUUCGAGCUUUGAUGGAGAAACUGUCUAAAGAGUACUUUGGCAAUACUUACCAUCUUAUUAGCAAGAACUGUAACCACUUUUGCAAUGAUCUAUGUAUACGUUUAACUGGAAGGCCAAUUCCAAGUUGGGUCAAUCGACUAGCUCGACUGGGUUUACUAUGCAAAUGUGUGCUCCCAGCAGCUUUGGAUGAAGCUAAGGUUCGCCAUAUUAGGGCUGAAAGCAAGGCCCGCAGUGAAGUGGAUAAAAAAAAGUUGAGAAGCCAAUCAAAUAGGUUUGAACCCUCGAAUUCUACUUCAUCAACAUUGUCUGAUUGUUCUACAACUUCUGCUAGCAGAAGUAGGAGGCAGAGACGCUGUAUUCCUCCAUCUUCGUCUUUGAUUUGUGCUUAUCCUCAGCAGGAAGCUGUUUCAUAGAGAGUAUUUAUUUUUUUUAGGUUUGCAGUGUAAAUUUGUGAUGCAGACAUAUUUGGUAGAAGGUGUAUGUUUCAAUUAUUUUUAAUAUUUCUCUGAUAAUUUCUGUUAACCAGCUGCUAGGGAAAGUAAUGCAGCAGUCCCUCAAGUGUAUCAAGUUUCUUAUUACGGCGUAAAUUGCCUGUUAAUGAUAGUGCUUAAUCCAAGCCUAACCACAGUGAUAAUUGUUGGUUGGAACAUUUCUGUGAAGGUUAUAUGGGACAAUCUUUUUAUGUUGCUCCCUAAAUUAAGGGUACUUUCUAUUUCUAUUCAA